AUGACCUCCUGGGUUUGCUCGGAAGCCAAUUGCAACAAGACCUUCCGACGAAGAUACCAUUUACUCAGGCACAAGAGCAACGUGCACACCAGGUCACGCCCUCAUACCUGUCCCACCUGUUGUCGGGCGUUCGCAAGAAAAGAUGCUUUGCUUCGACACCAACGAUUUCAUGUUGAGAACCCACACUGGUCUGGUUCAAGAUCAGCUCGCUUGAGCACGACAUAUGAAUCAGAUGAGGAAGAAUUCAACAGCAAUGCGUCAUGUGAAGAAGACUCGACGCUGAUCGACCACCCAAUCCCACUCACCACAGAUGCAGAUUCGACGGCCCCCUUCGGCCGACUUCCGCACUCAAACAGUGACCAAAUCUCAAAUGCAAGCGUCCAGAGCAAUGAUCCCGAAAGCAGGUUUAUUGCUCCAUUAUUGUUCCUGGAACCUCCAGUACGACCUCUUUGGGAAUCCUUGACUCCUCUCACUACGGCUUCGACCUUGGAGCUAGGCUCGGAUCAUGGAGGCCUCGACAUUUUUGCUCGUGAACGGAACAACGAUAUUAAUUCCCUCUUGGACGACCGGAUCAGCAGUGCCCCAGGGACCGCCGCAGCGUCUAUCAAUCCAGGGACUUUGGCAAAUGGGAGCUACAGUCGUCCAGGAAAUGAACGUGCUGCUGGUCGAUGCUCGUAUCCACUGGAUGAUGCCGACAUAUUACGGAGUGCUGAAGCCAACAUCCCAAUCGAGUAUGCCGAAACUGUCCAAAAACUCUGUGCAGUCUCUUUUCUACAAAGUUAUUUUACUAGUCUACACCACCAAUGGUCCUUGAUACACGAGGAAUCUUUUUGGGUAAGGAAGUCCUCGUUGUUACUGAAAUGUGCGGUGGGGCUUCUCGGACUGCUGGUCAGUCCCAACCAUGACAGGACUGUGCUACGUUCGGUCAGUGGGCUGAACAGUCGACUGCGGAAGAUCUUGCGGGAAAGAAUCCAGGACGCCACCCCGGACCGUAAGGCACCGUCGAUAGCAGCCUAUCAAGCUUAUUUAUUGACCAUCCUGUUUACCUUGUAUCACAAGGACGCCUCAGAAAUUGCCGAGGCUCGCUCACAUAUAAUCACUUUAGUGGAUCAAAUCAGGAGGGCAGGCCUUCUGGACUUUGAGACGAUUGUUGCCCAAGAUGACCCGGCUGCCAGUCCUUUUUCACGCUGGGUGGUCCGAGAAGAAAAGCAAAGACUGGUGUUUUCUGCCUUUAGACUCGAUUGCUACCUUCAAAUUCUCGACGAUUUGCCGCCCACCAUGCGGUUUCAAGAGCUUUGUCUCCCAUUCCCCUGCACAGAUAAAGCUUGGAACAGCAGCCAAGAAAAAUGGAAAGAGACCAUCAGCCAGGAGCCAUCGAACCGUACAAGCUCCACAUAUGGGAUCCAGUGCUUCCUGGCCAUGUCUCGAUUGUCUCCAUGUAGUAGACUAAACCUGCCGGGAUUCAGGACGAUCUCCGAUUUCGAACUCGGCCUUGUUUCGAUGCAAGCGAGAUCCUGGGAGGAGACGCAGCAUCCGGCGACGGCAUUCGACGGCUUCGCCGCUGGCCAAGAUGCACCCGACAACCUGAGUGCUGGUGGAUUUGGUCAAAGCUGGCCAGUGUUGUGGGGAAUCUGGCAGGUCACUAUGGAGCAAUUUCGAUUGUCGCACAGGGAGUAUUGUCCGCAUCCAAGCGAAAAGGAAACCUACCUCAGCUCACUUCUGCUGUACCAUGCCUCGCUGUUGAGAGUAUACGUGGACAUGAAAAUCCUGCGACGAUUGGCCAUAUCGCUUACUCGGGACAGCACUUCGAAUCCUGCGAAACGGCAGAUGGAAAGCCUGGUCCACGACUGGGCUCGGUCGGGCCGUGCAAAGGAUGCUCUCUGGCACGCAGCGCAGAUCCUGCGCCUGCACUCGGAGAACGCGCCAGACCUUCGCGCUCAGAACAUCCCCGUCAAUCCGAUUGCGAUGAAUUGCAUCUUCCGUGCGGGCCUCGUGGUCUGGGCCAUCAGCCGAUCGAGCCAAAAUUGUGGGCUGUGCGCUCCCGGAUCCACACCACUUGAGAAGGUCAAGCUGUCAAACAACAACAAAGUCCGUCCCAGGGCCGCCAGCAGCGGGAGCAUGGAGCUGACAACGAUCGACAAUCUGACCAAGGACUAUGAAUUGUGGCUUGAAGAAGGCGACGGAGAGUUGCUCGUCGACGGCGUCAUCGUCUGCGCCUGUCACAUGGCCGCCCUGGUCGAGAAAUUCCGUGUCCAGAUCCAUGACCCGGAGCUCGGCUCUAGCGAGAUCCGAUCCUAUGCGGAAAUGCUCAGCUACUUGAAAGAUCAUGGAUAG